AUGAAGCUCCUAUUUGCCAGAAAGCUGGCGCUUGUCAAGGUACUUUUGGCUGCUGUGGUGAUCGUGAUAGUUAUACAUCAGCUCACCUAUCUGCCUUACAAUCCUUACGAUUUGUUCCAGGGUAGAAGCAAAGGACUGGUGCCGUACAGGGCCUUUUUUGAUGGUUUGGAGAACUUCGCCAUUAAUGGCGACCGCUUGAAGGGUAAUUAUAUCACCGAAAAAGUUCAUGACGCCAGGAGCACCGACAGAGAUUUCUUGUUUUCGAAGGAGUACCUCUCCAGCAUCUUGAACAUCAAAGAUGAUACCUUCGAGCAACUCAAGACAUCGCAUCACAAAUAUGUGGAAGAGCAUAUGCCACACUUAUUGAAUGACCUUGGAAUCUCGACUUUUGGCGAGCUCACUCCCAAAUCUCCCAAAUGGGACAACUAUCAGGGCUCUGCUGGUUAUGUGUUGAUUGGCGGUGGGAAGUAUUCUUGGUUAUCAUAUCUCGUGGUUAAGCAGAUCAGAGCCACAGGCUCCAACUUGCCAAUCGAAGUUUUCAUCCCCACAGAAAGUGACAACGAUCCAAGGUUCUGUAAUGAAAUCUUGCCCAAGUUCAAUGCUAAAUGUAACAUGCUCGACCUGAGUCUUGUGGAGUAUCUCAGUCUCAAGUUCAGCAUCAACGGAUACCAGUACAAGAUGCUUGCACUUUUGGCAUCGCAAUUCGAAAACGUUCUUUAUUUGGAUUCUGAUCUUUAUCCGCUUAAGAAUGUCGAGUAUCUUUUGCGCUCCAAAUUGUACCAGGAAAACGGCCUUAUUAUCUGGCCCGAUGAUUGGUCUCGUACCACCAACCCCAAAUUCUACGAGAUAGCCGGUGUGGAAGUGCCUGAAAAGAAGGUGAGAUAUUCCGAGUAUGACCGUGCCCAAGCAGAGAAGAAGGGAGAAGAAUUGAAGGAUCUUAAGGACUACACCUUCAAGGAUUCUAACUUCCAUGAUUUCGAAAACACCCUCCCCAACCCCUCCUCAGAAGCUGGUGUUAUGCUCGUUAACAAGACCUCGCACCUCCGCACGUUGCUUUUGGCAUUAUACUACAACGUGUAUGGCCCCAACUUUUACUAUCCUUUACUUACACAAGGUGGCGCUGGUGAGGGAGAUAAGGAGACCUUCAUCGCUGCAGCAACCGUGAUGAAAGAGAAUUGGUUCCAAACACUCAAGAAGUUUAUGUGGGUAGGCUAUCACAGUGAGGAUACAAAGAAAUUUGAAUCGAAGAUGUUGGGCCACUACGAUCCGGUCGAAUCUAAAGAAGAUUCGGAGACUGCGCCUCUUAUCUUCGCUCACUGCUCUUACCCAAAACACUACACCGAUUGGAUGUAUAACAACCAUGAUCUCAUCUACAAGGAGCUGGGAGAACACAUCCGAAUGUACGCCGGAACGUACGAGAACAUCGGUUACGAUUUGGAUUUGCGUUUACUCAAUGCGCAUGCAGAGGCUCUCUGUGAGGAUAUCUGGCUCGAGAAGGAGAAAGAGGACGACACGACACUCGACGAAAGGGAGGAGUACAUGGGCAAUUACUUGGAGUAUAUCAACAACGAAAGGGAGAUAAAUCGCAAGAGAUGCCAGGAGGUGUACAUUCCUCAUUUGAAAUGGUUGAAGGAAACUACUAAGUAUCCUGACACGCUCAAUUUCUAG